AAAGCUAAUAAUUGCGUUUUUAUUAUUAAUAUUACAAGUAGUUAUGCAGUAUUGUAUUAUUAGUAUUACUAAAUACUAUGUAACACUAACACUACUACUACACUAGUAGUAGCACUAGUAAUACUAGUAAUAGUAAUACACAGUAACAUCAACAACUUAACGUUAGGUAUUUGUACCGUAACUUGCAAUACUAAAGCAUUGAAGAAGCGUGAUAUAGUUAUAGAUCAAUUUACCUCAGAGGUACCUAUCAGUGUGAUAUUUUGCAAAUUAUCGUGGUAAGACAGCAGUUAAUGACAGUAGUACUUAGUUUGAUACAGUGUUAUUAGUUGCAUGUUAAUAGUAAUUGCGUAAUAAUGUGGAGAACAGGAGCCAAAACAAAAGUAUUUGCUAAGUGGACUGUCCAGAACAGGUACUCCAAUUAUGAAUCCACACAGAAAAUCCUUCAGAAUCUAGUUCCUGGCUUAGAGAGAUUGAACAGAAAAGAGACUGCUCUGGGUUUAGCCAACAAAUCACACAAGCAACACCAAGAUGGUGACAAGAGAGAGACUUACAAAGACAGAUACACAUUCUGCCCCAAAGCUACUUCGUAUUUAUUGGAAACUGUUGGCUGGGUGGGUACUGCAGUUGUUGCUGGUCUUAACCUUCAACUUCACUUGUGUCCAAGAACUGAAGAACAUGUUCCAGCUAGACAUGGUGUGGAAAAUUGUAUAUCUCGUCAUUUGUGUACAAAGUUGUCAUCGUUUUUGCCUCACUUUGUGUCUGCUAUGCCCAGUGGCAGUAAGAAAACAGUUCUUCCAGACAAAAUAUCAGUCCAACCCUACACAGCUGAGAACAAACCAAUUUCUGAAGAAACCUCAGCUACAGAUAGAAGUCAAACAUGUAACAGGUCUUUAGAGGAUGAGCUUCAGUGUGCUGCUGCCACUUAUACAGCUCAUGUAGAACACAUGCUGGCCUUGCAGUUAUCUACCAAACAUCCGAGGAAAGCAGUGAAGCAUUUCCAGCGUGCAGCUGCUCUUGGUUUCAGCAAGGCCCAUUUUAAUCUUGGUGUGUGCUAUGAAACAGGGAGAGGAACGUCUGUUAACUACACAAAGGCAGCUUACCAUUACAAGCAAGCUGCUGCAGCUGGCCAUGGGUGUGCUUCUUACAAUCUGGGAUGUUUCUACCUUCAAGGCACUGGUGGAUUGGAAAGAAAUGAACAAAUAGGGAUGGAAUACAUUCGAAAAGCAGCUGAAAAAGGAAUUGUUGAAGCCCACAAUGCAUUAAACCUGUAUCAAUGGACCAAUCAAGAUUUCAAGUUACAGUUACCUAAAGGCUCAGCUGAAGGAGAGGAUCUUCUAAUGAAAAGUAAAGAGUUUCCACAAAAAGAACUUUGUGAACAAUCCAAUUGGGAUGAGAAAGGUGUCAAACCAGUUGGUCUUUUUAUCAAUUCAUCUUCUUUUGGGUGCAAUGAUACAUGGAAAAAAACAGAUGAUGGAAAUGGAGAAAAUGUUCAUAAAUUUGAGUUACUGAUGAAAAGCAACACUGAGAAGCUACUACGCUCUACCACCCAUUUGUCCUCCUCGUCACCCGAACUUAGUCGAUCCAAAGUCUGGGAAAGUCCUCAACCAUGUUCCACUAACUUCGUCAUUUCUCAGUACUUAGGUUUGAUAUUUCCUGCAAUCUUCAGAAGAAGAGCUGUCCACAAACCAAAGUAUGUCGAGGUAGAUGAGAUCGAAGAUCAACGUCUUGAAAGGAUGCAGCUGCCUGAUGUGUGUGUUGGAAUAUAAUGUGUGGUUUUUGUUUAGAAAUAUGAUAAAAGAAAGCAUAUAAAAUAUGAUUGAUCUAUAAAAUUAAGGAAAAUGUUGUUAUCACAGAAUGUUAUUCCUUUUGUUGGAAUUGUUUAUCCUCUAAUUGUGACUUAGUGAUGUACAUUCUUUGAGGAUCACAGUGAAUGGAUAGAUGUAAAAUUUUACACUUGCAGACUCUCGUUCAAGAUAGUUUUCCAUGGAAUUUAGAUUUGUGUAUAGUAUAUUGAAAUCUUGUAUGUGAAUCAUUUUUAGACUGCAUAUUCAUCUUUUUUUUUGGGCCAAAUUGUUUUUUCAUGAUGUCAUUUUUGCAUGUUACAUGUUUGUAUAAAACUGUAAAUAUUAGUUUUAAAACACUUUCAUUAUGCAGUGAAUGCUUAAUCUACUGAUUUUACCAUUUGAGGUAUUACAAGUUAUGUAGAAGUUGGAUAUUCUACUAAAUGGUCCGAUAAUUCUUUAAAAUCCCUAUACAGUUUGCAGACAUGAACUGUCUUUCUGUUUAUUAGACCCUCAUUUGUUUUUUAUCAUAAAAGGAAGUUCAACCUGUUGGUUUGAUUAUUUUUGCACAGAAAACAAGAAUGUUAGGUUUUGUUGUGUUUUAUAUGACAAUUUCUUAUUCAAAAGUAAUUGUGCUAAUUAAAAGUAACUUUCGUUCAAUGUACUGUAUGAAAAACCCUCCAAUAAGAUACAUCAAUAUCUCCCUUGCUCAACCUGGGAACAUGUUCCUAUCUAAUAUAAUCUGGGAAUGUGUUCCUGUGUAAUAUAACACUGUCUUUACUAUUAACUGCAACAAGGAUUAGCUUGGAGGUCUCCACCUGGGAACACAUUCCUGUUUAAUAUAACACUGUCUUCACUAUUAACUAGAGCAAGGAUUAGCUUUGAUGAUUCCACCUGGGAACACGUUCUUAUGUAAUAGAACAGUCUUUAAUCUUUACUAUAGACUACAGCAAGGAUCAGCUUGAUGAUUCCACCUGGGAACAUGUUCUUAUGUAAUAGAACAGUCUUUACUAACUACAGCAAGGAUCAGCUUGAUGAUUCCUUUGAUGAUUCCACCUGGGAACACGUUCUUAUGUAAUAGAACAGUCUUUAGUCUUUACUAUCAACUACAGCAAAGAUCAGCUUGAAGAUCCCACCUAAUGAUUUAACAGAUAAUAGCUGAUAAAACUAGUCACACUUAAAGUUGUUAGGGAAAGAUCUCAUGAGAGUAUUUCUACAUUCACCACUGUCGUCUGUACUAAACUACUGAUAUAGGCAAUACCCUUGUUUUAUCUGUCUAUUGGAAAGAAAUAACAGGUAUAUAGUUCCACGUUCCCUCGAGUGAAUGUAUUGUUCUUCCACAAGUUAAGUCAAAGCUUUUUUAUACAAAACUAGCUAUCGUUCCUACCACGGGAAUUACCUGCAAUAUUUGUGGAGUAGUUUCUAGGGUUGUGUAUUUGCCAACAUACAUGUUACUUGUUAAGUUCAAACUGUUUUCAUUUAAAGUCACUGGCAACGUAAACAUACUUAGGAAAGUUCUAUACAUUAAAUACUUAUCAGAGCCUUCAUUAAACUUACUACUUGUAACCUGAUAUUAAGUUUUUAAAUCAAAUGUGACUAAUAUAUUAAAACUUGGAUAACAAUGCUUAAAAAAGUAAAAACUACUUUAUAUUUGAAGUUCAUCAAUGAAUAGUUAUGAUAAAUUUUGUAUUUUAAGAAAAUUAACAAAUGUUUAACAGAGCUGACUUGUCUUCAGUUACAAAAUUAAAGAAAUGCUUUCCUUAAAACUGUGUGAUACAGGGUGUAUUUAGUAUAUGUGUCAAAACCUGGAGAAACCCUAUCCAGUUUCUUUUCAAUGAAAUGAUUUUAACAUGUGAAUAUAUAUAAUUAAUGUACAUUUUUGGCCAUUUGGGGGAAAUCUUUCAAAAACAGCCCUGAGGUUGAGAUUGCAACAAUUUCUGAGACAUAAUAAAGUGUUUUAUUUUUCAUACUACAA